UAAAAUAUAAACUAGUAGGUGGGGGUUUGGGUAGGGGUUUUCGCGAGCAGUAGCACUGCCAUUACUCACCCAGAUUUGCAGCACAUCGCCACCAACGGUAUCUCAUCUAUUUCAACGAAUUCGUUUCCUUUUCUAUUUCCGUGCAAGAUGAUGAGGUCAACCUUGAUGGAGAAAUUGAAGCCCUUGAACUCAUCGUUGGAUUCUUUGAGUUACCAAUUCUUGCAGAGAUGUUCUGUCAGUGGAACAGCAAAGGGGAAGGCUAAGAUCAAAGCUGGGCAGCCAUUGAAGAGAUCGAAAGUCACUACUAAAAAGGGGUCAGCUUCAGAUUCUGCUCAAAAAGAAGGACCAAGAAAGCGGAGUGAAUUUGACGAAAUGGUUGAUCAAUGCUUGACUGCAACACCACCACUCAGGUUCUUGAAGCCCAAAGAGAAGGCAAGGGAAGCUGAGCGAGAAAAAAUGGGGCUCAUAAGCAAGGCCAAUGAGCAAGCAAAACAGAAGCUAAAGAAAAAAAAGGAUGAGUUUGCUUCGCCUUGGAUCAUGGGAACUCCGGGUAUGGACUUGAUUAGCUUAGGUUUAGUUGAUGCUGAUAAGAUUCCAAAAUAUGAGCUUACUGUUGAGGAUGGAAGAGGGCUCGCUAAGGAGUAUAGUAGGGUUCUAAUGAGGAAGCAUAGGGCGAGGCAGGCUGCAGAGUCGACCCUGUUGCGGUUAAAGAAAGAAGCAAUUGAGGCAUUGCCUGAGGACUUGAAGGCAGCGGCUUUAGUCCCAGAUUUGACCCCAUUUCCAGUGAACCGUUUUAUGGCAACACUGACACCACCAAUUGAAGGCUACAUUGAGAAGAUUAAUGAGGCAGCAAGAAAGAGUGCUGCCAAGGAGAAGCUUAGAUGAUGAAAGUCAAAAUAGUCGUUCUCAUUCAGCGAGAAAAUCCAACGAUGAAAAGAGAGAAAUUCAACAGACCUAGUGAAGCAGCUGGGAUGAGAACAGGGAAGUUCAUUCUGUUGCUAUACUAUAUGUUCCGUCUAGGUAAUUGCUUAAACUGAGGGGGUGAAUUUGCAACUUAGAUCCCACAUAGCGUUCCUGGUUGAAUUUGCCUGUAUAUCAACAAAUCUCUAGGGCGAGGGCAAAGGCGUGGCUUAGUGGUAAGCAGCAGUGGGUGAUCAAGGAUCAAAAGUUUGGGAUGGCUCUGACUGCGAAGAACAAAAACUAAAACUACGAUUUUGUUGCAUUAUAUAUUUCAACAAUGCAUGCGUGUUAUAAUUUUUGUUCCCGUCCAUCAUAUCUACGCAUGCUCUGUUCAGAAAGCCAAUGAAAACAUUGACCCAAGACUUGAAGAUUAAACAACCUCAGCAGCAAGAAAUAGCCCUUUGCAGAACACAAUCUCCACCAACUAAAGUGCCAGAAGAUACCCAAAACAUUGAAAACAAAAGUUGUAACUCCCUGUUAUUGCAAGAGUAUGACCCACACAUAAAACUUUAUCACUUAAACACUACAAAGAGGUUAACACCUCUAUUGUGUAUCUAGUAAAGAACCCAACAGAAGGCCCUCAAAACAAAGUCCCAGUACUCACAAGGCGUCUAGAGCUUGCCAAUGUCACAACGGUCACACAAAACAUAUGAAUAAAUCUCCAGUAAUGCAUAACUAAAGUACCCAAGAAAAAGGAAAGUAAACAUCGCAACAGCCAGUUAUUGCAACGGUGCUACGAAAUAAAUUGU